GCUGACCGCAAAACGCGGUAAGUCGCUAGUCUCGCUCCGGUUGUGGUGAGUGUUCAGCGCCUCUCUGAGGGCAAGAGUUCAAGCCAGUGGUGACCUGUGUGGGAUGAGUCCCUGAGGAUGCUGUUUGCUCUCCUGUUGCAGUGUCUCUUCUGCAGGUCCUCUAGAGAUGUGGAUGCAGGGUGGUUCUCUCUGCAGGACAAACAAGUGCAUAUGGGAGGAGCCUGCAGGGCCCGGCGUUAACUCAGCACCAACCUUCCGACCUGGGAUGAGCCCUACUGCAUUGCGAGCCGAACCGGGCCCACGUCUGUCUUGAUUCAUCCGUUCCCAAUCAGCAUUCCGCUGCAAUGUCGGGGAAGCUGAGCAGCAAGGAGAUGGGCCAGUCCAACCAGUAUGUGGGGCCUUACCGGCUGGAGAAGACCCUUGGGAAGGGACAGACCGGACUGGUAAAGUUGGGUGUCCACUGUAUAACAGGGCAGAAAGUGGCCAUAAAGAUUGUCAACAGAGAAAAACUGUCCGAAUCAGUUCUCAUGAAGGUGGAAAGAGAAAUAGCGAUUCUCAAACUAAUCGAGCACCCUCACGUUCUGAAGCUGCAUGAUGUCUAUGAAAAUAACAAGUAUCUGUACCUGGUGUUGGAGCAUGUGUCUGGUGGGGAGCUCUUUGACUAUCUGGUGAAAAAGGGAAGGUUGACCCCCAAAGAGGCCAGGAAGUUCUUCAGGCAGAUCAUCUCCGCUCUGGACUUCUGCCAUAGUUACUCCAUAUGUCAUAGAGACUUGAAGCCUGAGAAUCUUCUCCUGGAUGAGAAGAAUAACAUCAGGAUAGCAGAUUUUGGCAUGGCCUCACUCCAAGUUGGGGAUAGUCUACUGGAAACUAGUUGUGGAUCCCCACAUUAUGCUUGCCCUGAAGUAAUAAGGGGAGAGAAGUACGAUGGCCGCAGGGCAGAUGUCUGGAGUUGUGGAGUCAUCCUCUUUGCUCUUCUUGUGGGCGCGUUGCCGUUUGACCAUGACAACCUACGGCAGCUUCUAGAAAAAGUUAAAAGCGGAGUGUUCCACAUGCCCCACUUUAUACCCCCUGACUGUCAAGCAUUGCUCAAAGGAAUGAUAGAAGUCAACCCUGACAAGAGACUCACGUUAGAAGCAAUACAGACCCACGCCUGGUACCAAAGCGGCCGCAAUGAGCCGUGCCCUGAGCAGCCACCGCCUCGCCGUGUGUGCGUCACCAGGGUGCUGUCGUUGACCGACCUGGACCCCGACGUCUUGGAAAGCAUGUAUUCUUUAGGGUGCUUCCGGGAUCGGGUCAAACUCACACGGGACCUUACAAGUGAGGAAGAGAACCAGGAAAAGAUGAUUUACUACCUCCUGUUGGACAGAAAAGAGCGUUACCCCACCUAUGAGGAUGAGGAUCUGCCCCCCAGAAAUGACGCUGACCCUCCCAGGAAGCGCGUGGACUCCCCUAUGUUGAGCCGUCAUGGCCGCUGUAGACCCGAGAGGAAGAGUCUGGAGGUCUUGAGUGUCACUGAUCAAGGCUCUCCCACCCCACCUCGCAGGAACCUGGACACUAAUGCACACAGUCAAAGGUCUCGUUCGGUGAGUGGAGCGUCCACAGGUCUGUCCUCAAGUCCUCUCAGCAGUCCCAGGGUCACGCCGCAGGGCUCGCCACUCCCCACCCCGCUGGGCACGCCCGUGCACCAAAUGCAACACCCUUCCUCCACCACCCCUCCCUCCUCUUCCUCCUCGUCUUCUUCUCCCAGAGCGGACGGGUCCGGGGGGGCUUCCCUGUCGCUGACGCCGCCCUCCAGCCCGGGGAGCAGCGGCGGUCUGGCCUCUUCAAGCUCCGCCCACUGGAGGACAAGGCUCAACUCGUUCAAAAACAACCUGCUGGGGUCGCCACGCUUCCAUCGACGCAAACUUCAAGUUCCAACUUCAGAGGACAUGUCAAGUUUGACUCCAGAGUCCAGUCCAGAACUGGCUAAGAAAUCCUGGUUCGGUAACUUCAUCAGCCUGGAGAAGGAGGAGCAAAUCUUUGUUUUAAUUCGAGACAAACCCCUCAGCUCUAUAAAAGCCGACAUCGUUCAUGCGUUUCUCUCUAUCCCGUCCCUCGGCCACAGUGUUGUGUCUCAGAACAGUUUCCGGGCAGAGUACAAGUCCUCCGGUGGCCCCUCGGUCUUCCAGAAGCCUGUCAAGUUCCAAGUGGACAUAGGUUUCUCUGAGGGAGACAGAGAGCAAGAGAGGGAGCGAGCAGAAAGGGAAGGCAGAAGAGAGAUGGGUAUAUACAGCGUCACCUUCACCCUAAUAACAGGUCCCAGUCGCAGAUUCAAGAGGGUGGUGGAAACCAUUCAGGCUCAGCUCCUUAGUACUCAUGAUCAGCCUUCUGUGCAGGCACUGGCUGAUGAGAAGAACGGCAAACCUUCCCGCCCGCCCAGCACACCUUCGCGUCAGAAUUCCAGGCGUUCGGAAAGCGGGUGUGAGAAAGAGCGCGCGGCGGACGCGGCGAGCGCCAGCGGAAGCCACGCCGGGAGCGUCUUACAAAGGCAAGGCUCGGGGAAAGACAAGGCCAGACUUCUCUCCGCCACCAACGGGACGCAGUCGCAUCCCUGAAAAGAAUGUCGCCAAGGAGAGGCGGGAUAUCGCCUUUGACCCUUUCCUGUAUCCUUCCCCCAUCAUCGCAGUUUUCUUCCUUUCUGCCUUGCUCUGUGGCCAUCAUUCCCUCGCAAAGGAUUGGCAGAUUUACUUUGAGCUCAACUAUAUAUGUAUGUGUAUAUAUACAUAUAUACUGUAUAUAUAUUUAUGUAUGUAUGUAUGUAUGUGUGUAUAUAUAUGUGUAUGUAUAUAUGCAUAUAUACAUGCAUAUAUACACUACCGUUCAAAAAUGUGGGGUCACCCAAACAAUUUUGUGGAAUAGCCUUCAUUUCUAAGAACAAGAAUAGACUGUCGAGUUUCAGAUGAAAGUUCUCUUUUUCUGGCCAUUUUGAGCGUUUAAUUGACCCCACAAAUGUGAUGCUCCAGAAACUCAAUCUGCUCAAAGGAAGGUCCGUUUUGUAGCUUCUGUAACGAGCUAAACUGUUUUCAGAUGUGUGAACAUGAUUGCACAAGGGUUUUCUAAUCAUCAAUUAGCCUUCUGAGCCAAUGAGCAAACACAUUGUACCAUUAGAACACUGGAGUGAUAGUUUCUGGAAAUGGGCCUCUAUACACCUAUGUAGAUAUUGCACCAAAAACCAGACAUUUGCAGCUAGAGUAGUCAUUUACCACAUUAGCAAUGUAUAGAGUGUAUUUCUUUAAAGUUAAGACUAGUUUAAAGUUAUCUUCAUUGAAAAGUACAGUGCUUUUCCUUCAAAAAUAAGGACAUUUCAAUGUGACCCCAAACUUUU